AUCGCUACUCCAAUUAAUGUGAUUCACGAACAUUUCAUGACAAUGGCAUUGGAGCAGUCGAUUGUUGCUGGAAAAUGCGGCGAAGUGCCAAUCGGGGCACUCGUUCCUUCGGUACACCGCCUACAAAUUCUUGGCUCAUCACACAAUCAAGUUGAGCAAAAGUACGAUGCUUCGGCUCACGCCGAGUUGCUCGCCAUGAGACAAGCUGCACGACGGAUUCGGAAUUGGCGAUUGCAAUCUUGUACGCUCUACAGUACGCUGGAACCCUGCGUGGUUUGUCUCGCCUCGUGUCAAGCUUUUCGAGUUUCGCGCGUGGUGUACGGAGCUUCUGACUUCCGACUCGGAGCUGUGCAUAGUCACAUUGCACUACUGGAUAUGGCACAGCAUCCUUUUCACAACGUUACGUCCGUAAUCGGUGGUGUUCAUAACACGACUAGUGCCGAGUUGCUGCGAUCGUUUUUUCGCUCGCGGCGUGCCAAG